UACUGCACAUCGGCCAGCGCCCUCACUCCCCGGAGAAGACCUGGACGCUGCUCACGGCCUGGCUCCAACAUCGCAGCCUGGCCGUCCAACAUCAGAGCAGGCAGGGUCUCCUCCUCCUCUGCAAGACCUACAGGGAGACCAUGGGCCUUAAGGAGCUCCUGGUCGGGGUCACUGCGGGGUUGCAAUCCCCCCACAACAACAUCACCUUGGAGUUCCUGGACCUGGCUGGCCGGCUGGAGCCCUUGCUUGAGGAAGAAGACCGGGGCCCCGCGAAGGUUCACCUGGCUGCCGUCUACCGCCUUCUCUUCCACCACGAGGCGGCCAAGAUCCGGAAGGCAGCCCUGGAAUGCUUCCAACAUAUUCUCUGGCGCCCAGAAGAUCCCAAUCAGGAGCGCCAGACCAUCCAUGGCCUCCUGGCGGUGCUGGUGCACGUGGAAGAUGAGGAUGAGGAGGUUGCCAAGGCUGCGAGGGAGACCCUCCGGGAGGUGGCGCAGGUCCUCGGAUGGCACCUGGAGGAGAGCGUUCUGGCGCGGGACACCUUCAGCCUGCAGGAGCUGCUGCACAAGAUGUCCAAGCGCCUGAUCCAGCACUGCAGCUCCAGGUGGGAGUUGGAGGAGAAGGUGUAUGGCUUCCUGCUUUUCUUUAAGAGCCAACAUCCAUCAGCAAAGAAGGCGGCAGCCAUGUUGCUGGGUCACCUGCUUCACAAGAUCGGCAGCAUCGCGACCCAGAGUAACGUCUGCACCUUCGAGGCCUGGCUGAUCUUCCUCCUUGCCGACCAUGACCCUGAAGUCAGGCGAGUUGGCUGGGAGACCAAGGCCAUCCUCGCCAGGACCUCCGCCCUCCACUCCCGGCACGGACUGCAAGCUGCUCUUCGGCGCUUGGUGGCGGCCAGCAGGCGACAGAGGUACCCCCCAGAGUACGCCAAGGACCCACCCACCUGAUGGACCGGAACACCACGAUCCCCCGCGUGCGCGCCCAACAGGAAGACCUGCGCUCCAGCUGUGCCGCAGCCCCAAAGGGAAGUAGCGCCCAGGAGGCGGGAGUCUGCCCAGCCCUGGCCCAGGGAAGCCCCGCCCCCUGCAGAAGCCCCGCCCCCGCUCUGGGCCCCAUUGCCACCAGGGGCCCUGGGAACAGAGCAGAGCAGGAAGACUGCCUGGGCCCCUCUGGCCCCUCUCUUGUUUCAUUGUUAACAUUAAUUUUUAUGGAAAUUUUCCAGUUAGGUAAAACAGGGAAGAAAGAGAGGGGAGUUAGGGGUGUGGUGGGGGAACUGACGCUGCUCUGCCGUUCUUGCAGGACCGCUCUGGACGGAGGAUCCGAGGGACAGUGACCACCAAGGGACCCUGACCGCCGAGGAACCCUUAAGGACGAAGGACCCUGACCAUCGAGGGACAUUAACCUCAAGGGAGCUUGACCACCGAGGGACCCUGACCGCCGAGGGACGCUUAAGAGUGAAGGAACCUGACCACCGAGGGACAUUGACCUCGAGAGACCCUGACUGGCACCUGCAAGAAUAGGAGAGAGAAGACAGGACUUCAAUAGAUUUGGGUUUUUGCUUUGUUGUGAUUUAGUAUAUUGUAAUUGUGUUGUUGUGCAGGAGAGGAUCCCACUCCACUGUGAAAGCGCUGCUCUUCCCCUUUGGCCGCUCUGGCUGCCUCCUGUGGAUCCGGGGCUGGCCGUGGAGGGAGGCCCAGGCCACUCUGGCGGAUGGGGGGUUUCCAAGGGCCCCCUCCCUCCUCUGCAAACCCCAGGACCCACAGCCAAGUGCCGGAGGGGAAGAACUGCCCUUGAACAGUGCGAUUGGAGAAGCCCCCCACUCUCGGUUUCUUGUAAUUUAAUAUGAUAUAAUAGUCUAGUCCAAAAUGGUCUUGUUUAAUAAUAUCUGAUUAGAAUAAAUGUACCUCUUUAUUUUUAA